AUGAAUACGAUUGAAAAUGUAACACUCGCCAUGUUGGGGAGAGGAAAGUACGUCAUGAAUUUAGUUUUUAAGGUAACGAAGACCAUCACAGGAGGAAAGCUUUGGGUAACGUUGAAUAAGUGCAAGACGACAUCGGUUGGUGAUUGCGAAUACGUAUUGACGUACCAUUUGGAGUACUGCAGCAUGCUCAGCGCUAAAGGACCCUGGAGUGGAUUUUUGGAAGCAUCGCGUCCAAGAUUCAAAUGUCCUAUGAAACCGGGCAAUUAUAUGAUCAGGAAUGCUUCUUUGGACGCAUCGCAGAUAAUGAACAUAGGCUCCGUUGCUCCGGCACGUUGGUGGGAUGACUACCAUUGGAGGGUCAAAUUUGAGCUUAUCGACAAAAAACAAAGUUUGGGUUGUGGAAUAAUCACCAUGAGUUAUCAAAGGAUAAGAUUGAAUUGA